AUGGAGAAGUCUCUUCAAGAACAAGGUGGAGGAAACGUAUCUGUACCAUCAACAGGUGUUGGUAUAUUUCUGUUCACUCACUGCGUCUUCGAGAUUGGUGUUAGGAUUGAUCAAAUGCUGUUCAGUAGGGAGUUGGAACAUGUAUUGGGAAAAGAAUUUUGUGCUUCUUAUACCACUUUGCCAUCUGGAAGAAGAAUGAGUACACAGUCUUUAGUAUGCGAAGCAUCUUCGCUAUAUCCUAGUGUACCUAGACGGCAAGGUAGCUUAUGCCAUUUGGAUAAGCUCUCAUUUGAAGCAUGUAUAGCACAGCUAUCAGAAUUAAGAGACACCAGGCUACCCCCUCCUUCACGUAGCACGGGGCAAGGGCGUCGCAGGAUGUCCUUAGCCAGUAGUCAAGGCUCAAGGGCAGCCAAUGCGGGCAGUGGUCAUGAGUACCUGAGCGACAGGGGCAGCAGAUGUCGGAGUUCACUGGGACACUAUGGUCUGGAACCAGAACUGUGGAUACCGAGGAGGGGCAGUAUGACACACAGCGAGCUUCUCAACGAAGUGAAUUUGUCACCUUCGUCUUCUAACACACGACAACGAGUGUGGUCUGAAGCUGGACGUUCCUGUGACGAAACUACAAUCAGGGCAUCUUUGAAAAAUCAUCGCUCAGGAUCGGUAUAUCUAGUUCCAGGAUCUAGAAGACCUUCCACUAGAAGAGCUUCCCGAGACGAACAUAUAUCAGCUGAACAUGAGGAUUUAAUGGAUCUGAGUUACAGCGAUAGUCUUAUGCCCGACCCCAAUUACGAGAAAUUACCAACAAGUAAAAGGGAGAAAAGAAGAAAUAGUCGUGACUACAGAAGCUAUCACUGCUACGAUAACCCUACUAGUCUUGAUGAAUUCCAUGAAAUAUGAAAUAUCUGCGAUACAAAUAAGCACUAGCAGCUUAUAGAAAACGACCCCGUGCCAACAAAAGCAGAUUGUUUUAACUAUGGAUUUUUUUUAAAUACUUUCACAGAAGCACAAUUUUGUUUGUGGUUGAA